GACGACAGCAGCAAUGGCGGCGCCGAGAUGUAUGCGCUCCUUUAUGGGGCCGGCGAAGAGGACCAAGAUGACACAUGGCUCCCGCCCCUUCUGCACAACGACUGCGCGCAGAGAAGCGAAGGAUGACGAAUCGCGGAAGGUCAUGGCCGACCUGAGGGCCGACGUAGAGAGCGGGAACAUGUCGCUCGGGGAGCGGUUGCAGGACAUGAACCUCGAUCCUGGCGAGUACAAGGCUCUGUGGAACAGCCAGAAGAAGGCGGCAAAGCGAGCCGCGAAGUGGGAGCCCAAGACGCGCGAGGAAGCCCAGCAGAAGUGGAAGGCGAUGCAGUCGACGCCGGACGACCUGACGCUGCUGCGAGCAUACAAGCGCGCCGGCGUCGAGCCCAUCAAGAUCGCAAAAGAAAAGGGCAUCACGCUCCCCAACGAUAAAGAACCCCUCGACCCAAAGACCCAGGCCGCCCUCGACGAGCUCCGCCAGCCCCUCAACGUCCGCGCCGUCAAUCUGCGCCCGCUGCGCCGCGAACCCCAAUACGGCGUCCCCGUGUGCGAUCUGCAGCUGCGCACCUACUCGAUCCGCAACCUGCUGCUCUUCGCCGACUUCGCCGUGCGCGCCGCAUACUACAUGGGCCUUUCGGCACGCGGCCCCAUCCCUCUGCCCCGCAUAACCGAGCGCUGGACGGUCCCGCGAGACGUUUUCAUCUUCAAGAAGUCGCAGGAGAACUUCGAGCGCAUCACUAUGCGCCGCCUUAUUCAGAUCCAGGACGGGCACCCGGAUGUGGUGAAGGCGUGGCUGGCGUUCUUGACGGAGCACCAGUACCAUGGGGUCGGUAUGAAGGCGAAUAUUUGGGAGUAUGAGGACUUGGAGACGGCGACGCGGGCGGGUGAGGAGGUUGCGCCGGAUGAUGUCGGCAGGAGGAGGGAGGGCCCGAUGAUGGCCAAGGUGGAUGAGAUUCUGAAUAGCAAGGGCUUCAGGGAGGCCAUGAAGGGGCACAAGACCGGUGGCGAGAUUGAAUUCAGGCGGUAGACGACAGGACUGUACGAUACGGGCUUCGCAUUAUAGGCGUUGGAUGUGCCGGAUAUACAUUGUACAAACAUGUAGCAAGAUACUGGUCGAAUGUAGCAUUUGAGCAAAGCUUGGGGGCCCUCUUAGUCUCGCACGCUCUCGCCAGCCUUCGACGCGUCUUUGGGGUCUCGAGCCUGAAUCU